CCAUCUCCGCGGAUGCGCUGGUUGGGGUGUCUAGGAAGGCGGUGCCAGCCCCCACUUCCCUUCCCUGAAACUACCCGGGCAACCCAAGCCGGCACAGGCAGCGGGCCCGGCACCUGUGCUCUGCAGUCGUCCGCCAGCCCUGCCACCUGCCUGCCUUGGGGGGGGACAGUGGGCGGGCCUGCCCCCCUUCCCUACCUCAGAUACCGCAGAGUUCAGGGCUGGGCAGACAGCGCAGCGGGAAGAACUGAGGCUGACUGCAGGUCGGCCAGAAGGACAGCGACUCUUCCCUGCUGCUGGACCCCACGGGGGCAGGGGCGCCCAUGGCGGACCCGGCUCUGCGGGGGAGGGGGCCCCACGGCAGCACCGUGACUCUGUAGAGCCUUGAGCCGCGGGACCAUGAACGGUACCUGUUACUUGUGGGAGCUCAACUGGCCCCACUGGGUCAGGAACAUCGUCCUCACCUACACGUGCCUGCUGCUGGCGCUGGGGCUGCUGCUCAACGGCCUGGCGCUCUGGGUGUUCUGCUGCCGCGCGCCGCGCUGGACGGAGACACGCAUCUACAUGGCCAACCUGGCGGCGGCCGACCUCUGCCUGCUCUGCGCCCUGCCCUUCUUCCUGCAUUCCCUGGGGACCACGGUCACGGACACGCCCUUCUGCCAGCUCUCCCAGGGCAUCUACCUGGCCAACAGGUACAUGAGCAUCAGCCUGGUCGUGGCCAUCGCCGUGGACCGCUACGUGGCCGUGCGGCACCCGCUGCGCGCCCGCGCCCUCCGCUCCCCGCUUGUGGCCUGCUUCCUGCCCUUACACGUGGUGCUGACGGUGCGCACAGCCACGAGCUGGAGCGCCCCCGCUCUCUGCUCCGCCCUCUACGUCACUGGCAAGCUCUCGGAUUCCAACUGCUGCCUGGACGCCAUCUGCUACUACUUCAUGGCCAAGGACUUCCAGGAGGCGGCGGCACUGGCCCCAAGGCCCACGGCCAGGGCCCACAGGAGCCAGGACUCUGUGACCCUGGCUUAGGACACUGACCGUGGGCACGGGGGCCAGGGCCCAGGCCCUCCAGGAGGUGCAGCCUGGCUCCCCACGGAUGGUGGGCAGGCUUCAGGAAGCCUGGUAGGGUGGCAAUGACCCAGGCGCGGACCCUGCGGCAGUGACACUCCACCGCAGGAGUGGAAGAGGGUCAGAGGACUGAGUGAAGUCAACCCCUGGGGCCCUGGGAUGGGGCCAACACCUGCAGUGCCCAGGGUCUGGUCCCCUGGGUACUGGGGUGGACGCCUGCUCUGUGCUGGGAGGCGUCGGUGGCCACCUUUGUGCUGCCGCCCCGUGGGGGUUGGGACAAAGCUAUUCCCCCGACCCGGCCAGGGCUGUGCACGUGCGCAUGCGUGCAUGUACGUGUGUGCGCAUUUGGACAGGCACGUGCUGCCCACACUCAGAUGGUAGGAAGUGGGGGGCUGGGGCGACUUCCCAGCGGGCUCUCCACUUGGGUGCUCUCCUUGGCGCCCCCGCCCAGCUUCUGGAGGGCUGGGGGCGGUGAGGAAGUGGCCAAGGGCGUCGAGGGGGCACUCAUGCUUCCUCCAGGGACGUCGGAAGGCCCCGCCUGGGGGCCGCGGGGCCCGGAUACUGCCCAGGCGCAAGUGUGGAUGCCGGGGCUGGCGUGGGCUGUGCCCGCCCGCCCGCCAUGGUGCUGCUCUAAGUUGGGCUUGGGUUCAGACCCCACCCACCCGCAUCCCUGAGCGCCAAACAGCCUCCCCGCCCGGUUCCCCGCGCGUGCGGUUAGAGCCCGAAUGGCAGCUGUGUCCUGGCCCCCGGGGCCUGCGGACUCAGGGGGCCCCGCCCGGAGGGGUCAGUGCUCAGGGUGCGCUCCCCUCCGAGGCCAGUGCCCGGGAAGCUCAGGCUUAGCCGAGCCCCACCCUGCCGGCCCCCACGGGCGCUGCCUGCCCCCGGCCAUGGCUCGGAGAGGGAGUGCGCGUGGCUUCUCCUGGCGCUGGGUAGGUGAAGGCAGCCGGACUUGAACAAAAUUCCUGACGGAACAAGAAAUGGGGCAGAAGCCAAAUCACGUGUUAGGCGUCCCUACAACUGACUUCUGAACCCUAAUCACGGCCCACACAGAGUCUGGCCUCUGGGCUGCACCAGGCCAAGUGGAAGAGCUCCCUAUCAUGAAUCUACAGACCGACCACCCCGAUCCUGGCCCAGAGGGCUUAGGGUGGAGUGGGAAGUCUGGCACAUCGAUCAGGAUUGGGCUCACCAUUAAUCAGCAAGCAACAGGCAUCUGAAAGAAAAGCAGGUUCCUUUUGAGGCUACAUCAACAGGAGUACAGGUCCUAGAAUGUGGGAGGACACAAGUCUUUCUCCCUCUGCCAGAAUUACACCUAUGGUAUUUGAUCUGGUUAGGGGACUGCUCUGUACCGAAGCCACCGGGGCGAGGGUCUGGACAGUGCAGGCUGGUGAGGGUUGGCAACCCAGGCCAGCUGACAACAAGCAGAGGAAGUAUGAGCAGUCAGAUGAAGUGAGGUGCCUCCCAGGAAAUGGUGGCACCAGCAAUCCCCGAGAAGCACACGGGUCUGGGUGGCUGCGAGGACAGAUGCCGACUGGGAGGGACUCAGAGGACUGCACGGGGUUGAGCAGAAUCUAAGUGUCCAAUAAUGUUCUUUUUUUUUUUUUUAAGGUUCUUUAUGUUGAGAGAUAGAGAGGGCAGGGGAGGG